ACGCCCCCUGCCGCGACAUAAAAGCGGGUGAUGCAACUGUGAGUGAGACUGACUGACCGGAAGAGAGGAGCAGCCGCGAAACACCGCCGACACUGACAGGAUGAUGCUUCAGCACUCGGGGCCGACCCUGGCAGACGUCAGCUGCGGGACUCUGACCCCGCCCGGACCCCUCACCCUGGAUGACUUGACCGACUUCUGCCCGACGAUCCGAGACGAGCUCAGGCUCACCAUUCAGACCCGCAGGCGGUCUGGUGGGCCGGGCCUGGACCUCGGCGCCGACCUCAGCUCCGACGGAGCCAGCUCCAGCUCAGACCUCCAGCCGGAGUCAGGCAGGCGGAGAGAGAUGUCACGUGAGGAGCUGGACCGCAGGAGGAGACGGCGAGAGAGGAACAAGAUCGCCGCUGCCAAGUGCCGCAACAAGAAGAAGGAGAAGACGGAGACCCUGCAGAAGGAGUCCGAGAAGCUGGAGAGUGUCAACACAGACCUCAAGUCCCAGAUCCAGACCCUGAAGCAGCAGAAGCAGCAGCUGGUCUACAUGCUGAACCUACACCGACCCACCUGCAUCGUCCGGGCCCAGAACGGCCAGACGCCCGAAGACGAGCGCAACCUCUUCAUCCAGCACAUCAAGGAGAGCAGCCUGCAGAUCCAGGGCCUGCUGUCGGACCCGCUGGACGCCAGCCUCCUGACCCUGGACCACGUGCACUGCCUCUGACGCCCACCGGCUCCAGCUCUGGAACCUUAGCGAUUGUCGCUGCCAUGCCAAACUGCUGCUCUGAACUUCUCAGGACGUUUUGUGAGGACCGUCACUGAGCAGACCCAGGCUCACGGCUCCGCUGGCAUCAGAUGCCGUGUGGGCCCCCCCCGGUGGGCGUGUCUCACCACGUGGUUUUGAGUUGCACAAGCUUGUCGUCUCACUUGAGUUUCUUUUUCAUACUUGUCGUCUUGAAUAUGAAAAUAAAUGUGUCAACAACAACAGCAGGAGCGUUGCUGUGUCGACCUCGUCCCCUGAGGAGAGCCAGGUCUAGGUCAGCGCUCUGGCCAGGAGGAGGUCACCACUGUCUGCUCAAGUGCGCCACCAGCUGGUCGGUGGCAGCACUACAGGAAGACAGGCUCCACAAGGGGCCCGGCCCCCCGGAGCCACUGAUCACAGGCUCGGACUGAUCUUCACACACGAGUCGCACCUUGUUCCUGUAAAAUUUAUUUAUUUGCAUCGUCACUCCUCGCCACCACAUAACAGUCCGCCAUCGCCGCCUCCUCCACGGCUCGUCUGAUUGGCCGAGAGCCGGUCCGACAGGGAGGCGGAGACUCGGCCCGACCCAAAACGUCGUGGUGGAUCUGCAGAGCGUCAGA